UUACAUCAAAGUAACCAGUUGUGAAAAAGUGGUACAGGUCAUUAUGAUUUUGGAGGUACUUGAGUUUGAGGACAGAGAUAGGCUGUGCCAUGUAAAGCACAUUACAACUACAUAUGACCUACCUUGUUCAAUCUUCUAGAUAACCAAGUGGCACAUGAUUGUCGUCGUUUACAACAGACACACGUACAUGAACUAUGGCGUUGAUUAAGAUUUUCUUACUGAUGACACUUUGUUUUGAGUUUUCUGACAGCAGUAGCAUUCUUCUUGCACCUCAGGAUAUAGGCUACACUAGUCGAGUAACAAAUGUCCUUAGAAUUGGGCGAAUCUUACUGCAAGCUGGCCACGAAGUAACUGUAAUUGUGUCGGAUAGAAUAGAGAAUGAAUCUCUGUUUAAGCAUGCAGAGGGUUCUAACUUGGACUUAGCUUUUAGGGUUCUAACCUAUAAGACCCCGGCAUAUGAUCCGGAUACAGCUACAUCCACAACAAACCAGGAAUGGCUCAACUCUAUGGUAUACAAACCCUACACCACUCUUCUACCAAUCGCUGGGCAAGCAUAUGAAGAUAACUUAAAAUUUGCAUUAAAAGACAAGGACGUAUGGAAUGAAAUAGCAACAUCAAAAUUUGAUUUAAUUUUUGCAGACGAAGCUGUAUUUUUCCCGAGACUGGUUUCUGCAUAUUUUGACAUACCAAUGAUUGUGUACUGUAACUGGGGUCCAAUGUCACUUGAUGCAAAUUUUGCACCAAGAUUUAAUUUGGCAUUUGUUCAUGCUUUUUUCCCUGCAACAUACACUGACGAAAUGACAUUUACAGAACGGUUCAUGAACGUUGUAGAGUAUUGGCAUAUAAAGUGGACAUGGUACAAUAUGUACAAUAAAUUCAUCUCUAUCUGCAGAGAACAUGGCUACGGGGAUUCAUGUGACAAUAUACGAGAUGCAUACAAAACUAUAUCACUGUUCAUGAUGAAUAGAAAUGACGCUAUCCAUUACCCUGCUCCAUAUAUGCCCCAUAUCAUAUCUAUCGAAGGAUUUUUCAUGAUAUCUGAACCAAAGCCUUUGGAUACAGAGUACAGCAAAAUCAUCAAGAAAGCAGGAGAACAUGGCAUAAUUAUUGCUAGUUUUGGAUCUAUGCACCGUCGAUUAGAUCCUAAAACGAGUGAAACGUUUGCAACGGCCUUCGCUGCAAUGCCUCAGACCGUCAUAUGGAGCUAUGAGGGUCCCCCACCAAAAGGACUUGGAAAUAACACCAUUGUGAAAGAAUGGAUCCCUCAAGACGAUCUGUUGGCACAUCCUUCUACAAAAUUAUUGGUGACACAAUGCGGAGCGUCUGUAUUAUUCCAAGCAUUUCAUUAUGCUAUGCCCACUGUUGGAGUGCCGUUCUUUUGGGACCAACCUUUUAACUGCCACAAACUAACUCACAAAGUAAAGUCUGGGAAAACAGUUUUAUUGACGGAAAUGACGAGUGAAAAGUUUAGUAAUGCUAUGAAAGAGGUGAUCAGGGAUAAACGCUAUAAAGAUAAUGCAAAUAAAGCUGCUGAUAUCUUCCAUAGCCAACCUAUUGACCCAAAGAAAAAGCUUAUGUAUUGGAUAGAGUAUGUCAUCAAACAUAAAGGGGCACAUCAUUUGAGGUCUAAUGCAGAAAACGAGCUUAAUAUUUUCCAGUACUUUCUUCUUGACAUAACUGCAUUGGUCGUGUGCUCUUUGGUUAUGCUUGGUGGUAUUUUUGCUAUUAUUAUAAAGUAUUUGAUCCAAUACAUAGUAUGCGCCCGAAAGAAUAACAAAACAAAAAAGGACUAGGCAGACAAUAGUAUUGUAUCUCACUUCUGAUUCGCGCCUUUGAAAAUCUUUUAUGUCUGACUUUAAAUAAUCUGGAAAUAAGGUACGAACUAGAGGAUGGACGAACGGACAGAGGGUUUCGCUGUAUCUUGAAUAACUCUAUUCAUUUGGAUAACUACCAUUAAUCGACUAUUUGGUUUGACUUCAUGUCUUUACAAAUUCGGGCAUUAACAGCUGUGAAUUUUGGACAUCAUAAAAUUAACUAUAUGAAAACGAAAUAAUACUUUGUUUACUAAUAUAACUAAUAUACUACAAUACGAUUUAUUCUGUAACAUUAUAUUACACCCUAUGCAGACAGAGCCUGUGGGAAAUAUUGGGUGCGGAGCAAAUGAGCGGAGGGUGCGGAGCUAGCGGUCAUUUUUGAAUUUAAAUUUGGGAUAUUUCUGAAACUAAGCCGUUUUGGGACUUCAAAUAUACCAAGAUAUGUGUAUUUGACACCAAAUAUCAAUACAAUUGUGAAAAUAGUAGCGCAAUUCAUUCUAUAGCGACGCA